AUGCAUCUUGGCGCAGCCAUCGUCGCGGCUCUGAGCCUUACAGGCUAUGCAUUCCCGAAACAGCGACCUGGAUACCUCCGGAUGCUGCCGCGGGCCAACGACACCGAAAUUUCGUGCGGGCAGACCGAGUACACGCUGACCGAGGUGAGAUCGGCGGCGGAUGCGGCUUGCCAGCACGUGGAGGAUGACACGACGGCGGGCAGCUCGAGCUAUCCGCACACGUACCGGAACCAGGAGGGUUUUGACUUCAACGGAGUUGAGGGCCCCUUUGUCGAGUUUCCGAUGAAGACAAGUGGUGUCUACAAGGGCGACCGGGUAAUCAUCAACGAGAAGUGUGUUUUGGCAGGCCAGAUCACGCACACGGGAGCCAACGGCAAUGCGUUCGUGGGAUGCGAGGGCACCAGCUAG